UGAAACCGGGCAGAGCACAAACGAAAAUGUCGACUUUAGAAUCCAUGGUUGUUGAGGAAAGCAGGGAGCCAGAGAAGCCUAUCGAUAGAGAAAAGACAUGCCCGCUUCUGUUGCGAGUGUUUUGUAACACCGGCAGACAUCACAUGUUAAGUGAAUUUGCCCGAGGAAAUACACCUGCAAAUGAACUGCAGAUCUACACAUGGAUGGAUGCCACCCUCAAGGAGCUGACGAGCCUGGUGAAGGAAGUUAACCCAGAUGCCCGAAGAAAGGGCACCAUUUUUGACUUUGCUGUAGUUUAUCCUGACGCACGAAGCCCUGCGUACCGUAUGCGUGACAUAGGCACAACAUGCUCUGGGCACAAAGGGGCCGAUGACGCAGCAUCCCUCCAGUCUAAAGGAUUUCAGAUCGGGGAUUAUCUGGAUAUUGCCAUAACUAUCCCCCAGGGUGGACCGCCCAUGGGGGUGAGGAACAGACGAAGGAUUUACUGAGGAUUUUUCUCACCACCUUUUCUGCUGAACUGUUUUUAACCUGGUUCUGUGAAUGGACUCCGAGAAGUCAGAAUUACAGGUCUGAAGCUAGCCAUGAAGCCAUGUAAAAUGAAAUUGUGGCUCCCAUAACUAAGAUUUCUCAACGAAUAGACUUUGGGUGAGGAAUGUACAGCUAACUGCAGAAAAAUGGCACCAAUAUUUUAGGUGUUUUCUAAAACUUUGUGUGCAAAGUGGUCUUCAGAAUAAAAAUGGAUGACCGGCUAUUUCCAUGAAAGAUGAUCUGUUAUUGUGGAGGAUCUGUUUUUAGGAAUGAAAAAUGAAUAGAAAAGGUAUAAAGGGAAUGUAUAUCACCAACUUGUACCGCGAUCAAGUACUCAACCGAUAUCAUUUUUCAUCAGGAAAAUGCCUAUUUUCAUUGAAUAAAGAUCAUUUUAUCAUUAAGAAGUCAUUUUAUAAAUAUAAUUAGUGGUCUGUCAGGUAUUUAAAAAAAAAUCCUAAAACAAGUGUUAACUUUUUCAUUUUGUUUUCUAAACUUUCUCAAUAAGAGUGGUUGUUUUAAGUUGAAAUCUCACCAGGGAAUGGAGUGCAUGAUCAUUAAGGUUAAACCGCAAAUUGGCAAUAUUUCAUCCAUUAGUAGCAGCUAUUAGUAGCUGACUAAUGUACCAGA